CGAAGCAGGAGAAGAAGCCCAAGCAGGAGAUAGUGUGUGUAGAAGUAGUAUCUCAGUGAAAAACGGUCAAAAAACCAGGAGUGGGAAAAUACUUGUACCUGCGAGGUGGCCUGCCAUGAUUGCCUUUUUUCCAAUAUGGUUUGGGGACAUUGUCCAGAAUCCUCCAAAGCGAAGUGGUCACAAAAAGUGUAUUGCAGAUAUGCUGAUUAAGUGA